UCGACGAGCCGCUAUUGUCCCUCCGUCACAGCCGGCGGACGGAGCUGCAUUGCCCUCGACACUUGUACUUUGACUCUAAUUUCAACGUCGUAAUCGCCGCCUCGGUCCUCGCCGUCUCGCUCUCUCCUUUUUCUCUUUCGUUUCCUCGCAUGCUCAAGCUCUUCAAGCACCGUUCCUCGGCGGCCCCGCCUCCCGCUCGACCCCCACCGCGCGCCCUCAGUCUUUCGCCGGAGCAGCUAAACGAUCCCGCAUUCUCGUCAUCGCCGGCGGACAACCCGUAUGCAGCGCACGGCCGGACAGACUCCUCCACCUCCACAUCCUCCUUCGUCGUCGUCCGCAAGCCGCACUCCCACGGGCCCGCACCCGCACCGUCGCCACGCAAGUCAGCUGAGGAGAAUUCAUCCGGCGAGUCCGCCGACUCGAGAAGUUCUGCAGAGACCGUCACGCCUCCCACGUCUGCUGACUGCCACGAUUCGUCGUCUGCGGCUCUGAAGCAACCGUCUCGAUCUGCGGAUAUCCCUCUUGUCACCGUACACCCAUCUCGGCCUGGUCAGACCGCUUCUCAGCCCAAUAUGCCCUCCAGAGAGCGACGCAGUCCUCCUCGCGCUGAUACCAGCAACACUCGCCCCUCCGCUCCCCCUAGAUCGACCACAGCACCUGCACCACCAAAGCCAAAAGCCUUGGAUAGCAUCGAUGAGCUGGACGAGUCGAACAUGUUCGGCGUCAACCUGCAUAACGGGGGACCAUACGACGCAAUCAGGAAAGCUGUGAAGAAGGCCUCGUCUCCGCCCUCAAACGGGAAUGCUGUACCCUUCGGCGCGUCGCUAAACCUGUCUCCAGGGCAGGUGUUACCACAUAACUUCCAUCCCUAUGCGCCGUACCAUUCGAAUGUUACGCCCUCUAACAUCGACAUGCCUGCGAAGCCGCCACCUCGCGCCAACUUCUUUCCAUCGAGUGCUUCGGCGCCGGGGCAGAAGGAGGCGACUGGUCUGCAUCGGGACGACCCCUACGCUCUGGCUACCCACGCGCUCCAUCAGCCGGGGCUUCCCCCCACUACUGCACUCCAAAGGGCUGCAGGGAUUGACCUGCCUCCAACGGGCAGUGGACAGCCACACAAGCGCAGGGGAAGCGAGCAACCACCGACAUGGAAUCCUCCCAUGGCUCGCAGACCCAGCAGGCCAGAAGUAGCGGGUCCCUCGCUCGCUGCCCCUGCUCCGAGGCAAAUACCUCGUAUGCCCUCGGCGCCGAAGCUCCCCAGUGCGAUGGGCCCGCCUUCAUCAACCCCAAUUCCGCGUCCACCAUCGACUCCUGCCAACGUCGGGCGUGAGCGCCUGCCCUCUCGUACACCACCACCACCCAUGCCUCCCAUGCCGCACGCAAACACAGCGCCAAUGCCCUCGCGAUCGCCGCCGACUCCGACGUCUCGUAGUGUCUCAGCGACGGCGAGCUCGACUUCGACGACCCCGACCCAAUCUUCAUCCAGCAUGCCUCCUGUACCAGGACCUUCACGUACGCCGCCUGGCCCCUCACGUACUCCUCCGACGAGCUCGCGCACCCCGCCACCGCCAGCGCGGGCGCCCAAGACUGUUCGCAACCCUUCGCCUAAUGCUCCCCCGCCAGCCUACGACGAGAUGUUCCCACCUGCCGGUCCUUCACGACCUGAGAAGACCGGGCAUCUCACAGUGCCUGAGCGAGAGCAACAAGAGUCGGAGCCUUCGGAGUACGGGGACGAGGAGGAUGCGUAUGGCGGAAUGGAGGAUACGCCGCCUGCUAUACCAGCGUCGCUUAUGCCUGGCGGAGGCGCGCAACGGAUACAGCAGGCCCAGCCGCGCCGGUGGAGCGAGCAGCCCAGCAGUCCGAUGGUACAAGCUGGGCCGCCGCCCGCCCAGCAACCCAGACGCGUUGGUGUCAACCAUGGUCUCUUCGAGCAGCGAGUACCGGAACCAGGCGCUCAGCAUAUGCAACGAGCAGCGACGGUUACAGGGGAUCCACGCGCUGCCCAGCAGUACUAUCCGCCUCCUCAGCCAACAGCGUCAGGCUUCAUGCGGCCUCCUCCACCUGGGCGCCCGGUCAAUGGCUUCACGCAGUACCCAAAUGCAAGCAGGGAGAGGGUACCCAUGGCGCAUGGACCUCCGCCUUCGGCUAUGCCUAUGCCGGAACGCAGAGAUCGGCGAGUAUCAGAGCCCUGGGGUAUGCAACAACCGAGCCAGUACGCGCCCUCGGUGUCGACUUCCUCGUCCGGCAUGUCUGGCCGCCCGCGUCCCUCGCACGUCCCGCAACGCCUCGUCAUGCCCUCGCCGCUCAGCGGUGGGGGCCCGCCCGGCAGCGUGCAUCCACCCCCGCGCACCGCAUCCAUCCAGCAAGCGCGCUUUGUGCCCCCGCGACACUUGCCAGCGUCCAGUCAAGGCCCGCCUCCCGCGCGCAGCCACAUGCAGCAUCAGCACCUCAGGCAACUCGGGCCGCCGUCGAUGCAGCCCGCGCCACCCUCGAUGCAGCGAGCGCCACCCUCAGUGCAACCUGCGCCCCCAGUGGCUGCACCCAUCGCCCGCAGCCAGUCGUCGCGACUAUUUGAGGACGACAGGAAGCUGAGGAAGAAGGGCAGCGCGCCGCCGCCGAGGCACGAGAGCUUGCCGCCCGUGAGUGUGGACCUUGGCUUUGGGAGGGCGGCGAAGGUGCCGGAGCCCGCGCCUCCGCCGAAGAAGCGCGUGCUGAGUAAGAAGCGGGGGAUCUUCUAAGGGCGACGGCGGACGGCAAGAUGGGGCUUUGGUAUGUCUGCUCGCAGCGCUGGACGCUGGUUCGUGUUGGGAUGUGUUUACUCAUGUUGUGUCAUGCCAGUUACGCUUUCGAUGAAGCUUUGGUGCUUUUUUACUCCUCCUCCUCCUCCUCCUCCUCCUCCUCCUCCUCCUCGCACCUCUCGCAUCCUCUCGUCCUCAUCUUCGUAUCCUCUUGCGUCUCAUCUCUUUACCUGGUCGGCACACAUGUGGGACGCUUCCCUGUAUUUUUAUGCAUUUCCUCCUUCAUGAUUAGUCGUAUCGUCUCAUCGACAUCACGUAGAUACUUGCAACCUAACUUACUCCCUCGACCUAACUUUCUCCCCUCGACCUAAAUUCCUCCCCUCGUCUGCUUCUUCCGGCCUGCUACCCCUCACGAACCGUGACGACUGGCUUCGCAUGGACCCUUGUAGAUACGUUGACGAUUUUUUUGUGAUUGGUGGCCGG